UAAAAUCCGUAGUUGGCUUUGCAAUUAUUCUCAAGAUAAAAUUUAGGUUUGAUAAAAUGAAAAUGCUUUUAAUGCAGCUUUGUUUACUAUAUUCCAUAGUCCCUUUAUUACUACACGCGUAUCCCCUGGCACAACAUGCUGAUCCACACAACUAUCCUGAUCUAACAGCUGGCCUAAGCGAUGGCGAGGUUCGCUCUGCCCUGGAUGGUCUAUCCCUGGAAGAUCUGACCAGGCUGGACAGGCUGUUGGAUGAGCACAGCAAUCACGGUGAUGAUGCCAACUCGGACCCGAACGACUUUCCAAAGCAAGCAAGUCAAAGAAACCAGUUGAGGCAAGCUAAGGGCACGGAUGAGCAGGUAUUUGAGGAUCUGCUGGCAUCGGAUGACCAACUCAACGAUAACUGCAAGGACGAGGAUGAGGUUGAGGAAAAGAAACCCAAAAAGCUGUGCACCAAGAGGCCGCAUUCCCGAAUUUCCACACGAAUCUUACCGAAAACAGCAGGGACUACCUGCGAUCCUCCCGAAACAACUCCAGAAGGCCCCAAGAAGAAAACUUCCUCCAAGAACAAGCCAGACGACGACAACUCGGAUCCACCCGUCGACCUAUCCAAAUGCCAGAAGACUAAGAAAAAUAAGAGCAAGCCCAAACCGAUUGUCAAGAGCGAUGAAGACUGCAAUGCCGAUGAUUUCGAGUGCCUGGACAGAUUCCGCGAAAGAGAAUCCACCAAAAUGUGGAAGCAGUCACCACUCGAUUACGAUGAGGAGAACGCCGAUGACUCUUCGGUUUACGUUCCACCCAAGGAGCUAGCGGGCAUUGAGCAAGUGGAUGAGGAUAGUUUCAGACCCUUUUUGGAUGAAGAAUUCAAGGAAGAUCAGGUCGAGCACAGCGAAGGGAAGCCACUUGCUGAGGAUCGGGAGGAAACUCCCUUGGAGCAUACAGAAACCUACGAACGCCAUCAUCUCUCGCGAAUGGCACAUCGACAGCGAAAUAAAGCCAAAUCACAUAAGGAGAAGCCGCUACCAUACGAUAACAUUAAUGUGAGACCACAGCUCAGUGCUGUCGACAGUUUUCUUGCCAGCAAUGAGCGCGAACCGACGCGCUACCUUAUCCAGAUGGAGAACGGCAACAUCGAAAGCCCGAUCGGUCUUGGCGAGCAUCACAGCCAGAGCGAAAAUACACAGAAAAUGGGCGGUGACAGUCAGGGACAGAUUCCCAAUGAAUAUUUCGAAUUCAGUCGAACGAAGCGAGAGAACAAGCGAACGGACGAUGCCCCAGACAACUCUAAGGAGACCUAUAUGAAAAAGCUAAUGGACUCCUUCCCACGCGAUCAGGACGGUCCGAGCAAUGACGAUAUGGCUGCCCUACAGGAAUCGGGUUUCCCACAUUUGCGCGUAAAGCGCUGACUUUUUGUUGUUGUUGUUAAAACGUGUUUUUAUCAGAAA